AUGGCAAACACAAAGGCGACAACCUCCAAGCCGGAGCCCGUCGACCAGCGCCCAUUCCCAUUCGUAGGGCUUCCUGUGGAGCUCCAGCUGGAAGUCUUCCGUCAUGCCAUGCUGGUGUCAUAUGUGGAUGUCAUAUCCCUCGACGACAAUAUCACGGACGUCUCGGGAGUGCUGGUAGACGCCAACUUCCUAAACGUCACCCUCUCCUGCCAGCUCGCCGCCGGCGUGCUCAAGGAAAUCAAGCGCGGCAGGCGACAUCAGGGACCACCACCCACACGCCCAGAAACGACCAACAGCAACGACGGCCCCGACAGCAGCCUCCGCCGCCGCCACCACAACCGCCUGACCCUCGAUGCCCGCGUGGAGCGCAGCAUGCGCCGGCCCGACGCCACCACCGUCAUCCGCAUCCCCGUGGGGGGAGCCGCCGCCACCCACGACGACGACGACGCCGCCGCCGCCGCCGCCGCCGCAACCCGCUUCCUGGCGGCGCCGUGGGCGCGACACGUCCGACACGUCGCCAUCGAGGGCUACCCCAUCGUCACGCGGCUCAGCGGCUUCCCGAGCGAGGCCGAGGACCUGCGCGACCUGGUGCGCGGCCUCGCGCGCGGCUGCGACUCGCUGGCCACCGUGGUGCUAGCCGGCGGCGGCGACGACGGCGACGACUCGGCGUGGGACGAGAAGGCGGCCGAGGCCGAGGCGGUGAGGCGGACCUUGCCGAUGGGGCGCGGCGGCGGCGGCAGCGGGCAGCGGGCGGGCGCGGUGAGGCUGUUGCGGGGCCGCGGGGAGGGGGGGCUGGCGGUCGGGGUGUUCACGACGCUGGUGAGGGCUGAGAGGCCCGAGGUUGAGGGGUGCGCGGUUCUAUUAUGAGUGACGCCGGGGCGGUUGGUGGAUGGUUCCAAGUUAUAGGGGGGGAGCAGGAUCUAUCAUUGCGUGAUAGAAAUUGGAAAUAUAACCAAAGAAUAUGAUUUAAGAGCAG